AUGGCUUCAGACGAAUACCCACCCUACGUACCGAUGCCCUCGCUCCGCCACGAGCUAGGGCUGAUGUUCGGCUUCUUUUCUCUCUGCAUAGUGGUUAUAGGCACAUACGUUGCUCUCUGGCGUGUAUACCAAACCCGCCUAGCCGCGCAAGACCUCGCCCGCCGCAAAUCCAUCCGCAAAACCCCAACCCAACCACAACCACAACCACAACCACCCCUGGGAACAACAACCUCCGUAACAGCAGGCCGAAGCCCGAGUCCCAGCAACGCGCAAGAAAAAAUGUUCGACCGCAUCGGCAUGCCCGAGAAUCGCGUCGAGCUGCCCGUCCACGGCAUGGAGAUGUACACGGCUAGGAAGGGGUGCAUGAUCACAUCGCACAUCAGGAGUCCGUUUAGUCGGUCUACGCCGCUGAGCUCUGCUGACUCUGUUGGUCUGCUUGGGAGUGGCGAGGAUGGGUCUAGAGCUGUCGGUUCAGGUAUUGUCGGGAUGGCGCUGGGGGGAGGGAGGAGUCUGGAUCGGAGUCCUUUGCGGGUUGAUGGGUUUCGGUCGGCGAGUCCGGCGGGGAGGUUUGGUGGGAUUGGUCUGCCUGUUGAGAUUGGGCCUGCGCCUAGUCGGGAGUAG